GCUGGGCGGUGGCUGCUUCUGGCUGGAGGGCCAGACCCGGAUUUACCUGCUGCUCCCCAGACGCUGACAGAGGCAAAAAUCUGCUAACUCUACCAGGGCUGCGAGCAGGUUUGGGGAAUGACCCCCCCGAUCUCCAAUCGGCACCUUCAGCAGCUGCACGGCUACCUCAAGCUGUCUCUGCCUCUGUUCCUGGCCCUGUCCCCUAUCAGAGCCACCCCUCCCAGUGCCACAUGGGCCCUUGGUCUCCUACCAGGACCUUUCGCCUCUGGGGACCUCGGAGCCUGGGAGUGGCUCUGGGAGUCUUCAUGACCAUUGGAUUUGCUCUCCAGCUCUGGGGAGGUCCCUUCCNCUCCAGGCUGCCAGGGCUGCAGCUCCUGCAACCCUGGGCCCCACCCCCAGGACCAGCUGUUCUGUCCUGCUCACCCCGAAAGCACCUUGUGUUCCUGAAGACUCAUAAAUCUGGAAGCAGCUCUGUGCUGAACUUGCUUCAUCGCUAUGGGGACCAGCACGGGCUGCGCUUCGCCCUUCCCACCCGCUACCAGUUUGGCUACCCCAGGUUCUUCCAAGCCUCUUGGGUGAAAGGCUACCAUCCUCAGGGGAGAGGCACACAGCCCCCUUUCCACAUCCUUUGUCAUCACAUGAGGUUCAACUUGAAAGAGGUACUUCAGGUUAUGCCUUCUGACAGCUUCUUCUUUUCCAUUGUCCGAGACCCAGCAGCUCUGGCCCACUCUGCCUUCUCCUACUAUAAAUCCACCUCAUCAGCCUUUCGCAAGGCACCAUCCUUGGCUGCCUUCCUGGCCAACCCUCGGGCCUUCUAUCGGCCAGGGGCCCGUGGAGAUCACUACGCACGCAACUUGCUGUGGUUUGACUUUGGCCUUCCCUUCCCCCCAGAGAUGAAGACAAAAAGAGGGAAUCUUCAUCCCCCAAGAGACCCCAGCUCCUCAAAGCUGCAUGUCUUGUCUCCUGGCACUGGCUCCCAAGUUCACACCCCGGAUUCCAAUGCUCUCUUCCAUCCUUCUCCCACUAUUGCUGAUGGUCACAGCCAGAUGUCCAGCCCUGCCACUCUGGGGUCUUCCUCCUUCAUCCAGUGGAGUCUGGCCUGGCUGGACUCUGUAUUUGACCUGGUCUUGGUAGCCGAGUAUUUUGAUGAAUCAUUGGUUCUGCUGGCAGAUGCCCUGUGCUGGGGUCUAGAUGAUGUGGUGGGCUUCAUGCACAAUGCCCAGGCUGGAGAUAAGCAGGACGUUGGCACUGUCAGGGAUGGUGGACUGGCUACUGAAGAGAGGCAGCUGACUGCACGAGCCCGAGCCUGGAACAACCUGGACUGGGCUCUCUAUGUUCAUUUCAACCACAGUCUGUGGGCACGGAUAAAGCAAUAUGGCCAAAGUCGACUAGAGAGCGCUGUGGCAGAGCUGCGAGCACGAAGGGAGGCCCUGGCUAAACAUUGUCUGGUGGGGGGUGAGGCACUGGACCCUAAAUACAUCACUGACCGAAGGUUUCGCCCUUUCCAGUUUGGGUCAGGGAAGGUUUUGGGCUAUGUACUUCAGAGUGGACUGAGCCUCCAAGACCGGGAGGAGUGUGAACGCCUGGCUACCCCUGAAUUGCAGUACAAAGACAAGCUAGAUGCCAAGCAGUUCCCCCCAACAGUUUCUGUGCCCCUCAAGACUGUAAGAAUACUCUCCCCGUAGGUCUCACAUUAAGCCUGAGGUUGAAGAACAGUUAACUAGGAGGUUAAGUGCGAUGAGCACAGAAGUCAGAUGCCUUUCUGCUUCCCUCAGAGAGAACUGUCUGCACCUUAGAUGACAGAUGUACUUUGCAUGGCUGUAGGCACAAAUUCUCCAGCCUCAGCUAGAGUCCUAGUUUCAGCUACUAGCAGUGCCGCCUCCCCCCACCCAUUUUGCCCAUUCCCUAGUCCAGCCUCAGGGCACGCCUGUGCAGUGAACCCAACACCUCCUGGAGGAGCAAACCCUGGGUAAGCCAGUGAAAGUCUGGGGCGCAGAGGACUGGAACGAAGCAGCCAUUCCUUUGAAAUAUUUGUUACUGGGCUGUGCUCAUUUCACUACGAAAAUGUUUGUUGAAUGAAAGAAUAAAUAAUU